GUUUCGAGUGUCGCGUUCGCAUUCCAACGUGAGUCAACAGCGAGAUGUGAGCCGGCCGCGCGGGGGACUUUCUGCCUUCCCAGAACUGUCUUUUGUCACAUUUUGAAAAGACUCAAAGAAAAAAAAUAAAUAAAUAAACCCUCCGAAAUGGAGCUUACCGCUUGCCCUGAUGGAUACAGGGCUCUCAGCACCGGCGAGCUGAGGGAGCUUUUACAAAGCGACGACAAAAUGGAGCAAAUCAUUCGACUCAAUGAGAAGUUUCAGGAGCUUCAAGUGGACAGGGAGAUGAUGCUGGCCUCCAAUCGCAGCGUGGCCGAGGACAGUCUGGCCCGGCAGCCCCGCCUCAAUAACGGCAGACUCCAGUUGGCGGAGAAAUAUCGGGAGCUGUCCAACCUGGCGACCAUGUGCUGGGAAAAACAGAGUCAGCUUGGAACCCGAGUCCAGAAGCACAGCUUGCAGAGCGCCCAGAACCUCCUGCAAGAAGAGAUGGCACGCGCUGAGGAGAACUCAGAGUCUGUUGACGUCGUCUUCACAGGAGCUGCUGGACAAGUUCAUGGAGGGGAACGUGAGGCUGGAGGACUUCUUGGACUCCUUCCAGAGCUCCAGGAGGACUUACCACAUCAGGCGAGCGCAGGUGGAGAAGAUGCAGGACUUGAGCAAAAGGCACACCAGCAAAGUAGGCGGAGGCGGCGAGGACGCGAUUGGCAAAAUCCCCGAGGAGGUGAAAGCGGAUUCCGAGCGCCUCCCGGACCCCCCGCGGCCCAACGGCUACCUGGCGCAGGGCCCCCUCCGGGUCUUCCAGGUACGCUACGGCCUCACGCCGGCCAUCCUGUUGCCGCAUUACCCCGUUUCCCCCUCGGCCUCAGUCCCGGCCCACCGGGCCAGGACUCCCCCGCCCGAACCCCACCCACAGGGACACGUCCACGGGCCCAGCGCUCCCCUCCACCCGGUGGGACUCAGGGUGAUCGGACAGCUGCCCGGGGGCUGGCCGGCCAACGGGCGGCCGGUACGAUUGCAGCAGCUCUACAGGCCCAACCCCCAACAGCCCCAACCGCCCUUCCGAUAGGUCGGGAACGGAAAGUAGGCGGGGCAAAACUUCUCAGAGCGGUGUUCCAGGAAAAUGGACUCGACGAUAGACGGCACACCAUCUGUCCUAAGAUGGCCGGAUGUUUUCACUUGGUGGCAUAUUUGAUUUAACAGGACAAAGUUCUCUCAAGGGCAUGGCACACAAGUCUGCCUGACACUCAAGAGAUCCCGGUUCGAAUCUCUGUUCUGCGGGUACCGCGACUCCCACCCAGAUUUGCAAAACAUGCGCGUUCGAUUCAUUGACGACUCUAAAUUGUCCGUAGGUGAGAAUGUGAGUAUGAAUGCUCUGGAACAAACUCCGAUGGGAUCUGUUCCGUUUCCAUAAGCAGUACAGAAAAUGGACGGAAAAUUCUCAAGGCGUACUUGUGGAUUCCAUCUCCAGUGUCUUUUUUGUGUGUGUAUUUAUUCGCGUAAAUCCUAUUUUGAAUGGCUGGCUUCAAAGAGGCGCUUCAGAUUCACAAUAUUUCUCCUCCGACGGCUCCGUUUGCAGCGCUGGAGGAUUUAAGCGCGACGGGAGGAGACGCCGUCCUCGCUUUCUUGGGAUUAUAAUAAUUCUCUAAUUAUUCCGCCCCUCGACCAGCAAGCGAUCAGAGAAUGUUUACGCUGCUUUGACAAACUACUACUUUGGCGGGGGCGAAAGUGCCUUUCGGCGACCAGUGCCCGGUCGGAUCCAUCAGUUCUCUAAUUGCGAGUCGUUGUCGUCUUCUUCUAAUGAGAGACCCCGCAGGAGUGAAUGCCACUGCAGAAGAUUUCCUCGUGUUAUUUUAGACCCUCUUAAAAAUGCCCUCAAAAAUUAAUAAUGCACAAAAAUGCGACCUAGAUACUCCAGCAGUGGAUUCUCGCUGCGCUUAACAAAGAAAAUAUUGUUUCAUAUUGUGGAAAAGACACUCAAAUCUGCAGAAGAUUAAAGGAUUGGGACCAAUAAGGCCUCUCCGCGUAACUUCAAUUUAUUGUCUAAUAUCGUAUUUCCUCAAAUAGUGGCCUCUGCUCUCAUAGAUGCCGUACCUCACUUUACAUGGCACGUCUCAAAUAAAUGUUUUCCACUGUGGAAAA